AUGCACGACUGCCCACACAAACAUAAGUGGCUGACAGUAGCAGUAGAGCAGUACCCGCUAGCUCACCAUUGCUAACCCUUUUUGUGUUGCCCUGGCGACUAGCGCACUAUGUCCGACCCGGCCCCGAGGCCCACGCAGCUGUUCGGCGGGUGCUGGAGCUGUCGUCUGCUCUCCGGAGGCGCACUCCUUCUGUCGGGGGGCUAUGUGUUCAGCGAAGCCCGCAAAGUGAUGCGGAGAGGCGGGCCUACGUCCAUGGGAACGGUUGCACAGAUCACCUUUGCCGCAAGUAUAGCCGCAUGGGGCCUAGUUUUACUCGCAGACCCAGUCGGAAAAUCUCAGAGGAAGACCUGAAGAUUUCAGUUUGGAAGUUUAGAAUUGUUGACAAACCGUCUGUCAUUGUUAUUUUUAACAGCAAUGUCUUAUAUAACUGUAGUUAACUGCAGUGUACAUAUAAAUGUAAUUUACUUUUUUUUCACUUUAAAGGCUGCCCAGUUGGUUCUCAUUGAAACAAUGCAACUCCCCCAGCAUUAAACAGAGAUCGUUUUUUCGUAGCAUCUUGUCUAAUUCCUAUUUCAUAAUAUACUGAAUUUCCAAUUCUCAACACAUAAUAAUAAUAAAUAUAGCCACAAGCGGCAAUGAUCAGCCCUCCAUACGCCGCAUCCCGCAAAUGCCGCAAACAGGCGCCUUGCAAAUGUUGUGCCCCUCAAAACGCUGCGCCUCACACUGACCCUAAUAACCCUAAUCGUAAUCCUAACCAUAGCCCCAACCCUAGCCCUAUAAGUCUUAAUCUAACCAUGCAAUUUUCAAAAUUUUGAAAAAAAAAAAAUAAAAAAAAUAACGGACUUUUUGUAAAGGAGCGUGGUCCCAAUAUACAUUUUUGUUCCUAUUGCCAUUAUACAUCUGGCUACAAAAUUUGGUCUGGCCAAAGUUUGUGUAAGGACGUCCCAUUGGCAAGGAUAGAAUUUUGGCUUGUUGCCAUAGCAACACAAUGUAAAUGGGGUUUUGGUGUCGUUGAGUUUUUUUAAUCGAGACCAUGUCAUAAAUGUUGGUACCAAAUUUAAUGUAUCUAUGACAAAUAAAAUGUUAUUGUUCUAUUUAAAUUA